UAAUGUAUUUCUGAAGGUAUAAAGUACUAUAUACUGUCAUUGGGUUAGAGUAUACGGAUACUAACAGGAUUUUUAGGUGAAUCUGUUAUGCUGACUUCCAUUCGGGCAUCAAGAACUCUGAGGCAUGGUCUUAACGUCAUCAAACCUACGCCAUUAUGCAUGCACGUGUUAGGAGAAAGCUACAUCAAGCUCCAAGAUGCCCGCACUUUGAAACUUUAUCACUCAAUAGGUCGAACCCAGAAAAAUUCAGAUUUCUUUUUCCCGAGAGAAGAUUACACACUCAAAAAAGAUGUAGCUAAGGCAAAUUGGAUGAUCACUAAGCUGUGUCAGGAGGGUUAUAUUUCUGAGGCACGUGAAUUGUUCGAAGAAAUGCCAGAGCGGGAUGUGAUUUCAUGGACGGCUUUAAUUUCGGGUUAUGUAAAGUGUGGUCUGGUUAAAGAAGCUAGGGAGUUGUUUGAUAGAGGUGAUGCCGAGAAAAAUGUGGUUACUUGGACAGCUAUGAUGUCCGGAUACUGGAAAAUAGGGAGAGUUUCUGAGGCUGAGAGGCUUUUUGAUGAAAUGCCUGAUAAGAACGUGGUCGCUUGGAACACUAUGAUUGACGGGUAUGUAAGAAGUGAUAGGAUUAAGCAGGCGCUCCACGUGUUCGAGAGGAUGGAAGAGAGGAACGUUGUUUCUUGGAACAUUGUGAUCUCAGGUUUGGUAAACUGUGGAAGGGUUGAGGAGGCGAGGGAGUUUUUUGAUCAAAUGCCUAUAGGGAAUGUGAUUUCUUGGACUAUAUUGAUAUCAGGAUUUGCACGAAAUGGGAGGGUUGACGAGGCUAGAUUACUUUUUGAUAGGAUGCCUGAGCGGAAUGUAGUCUCUUGGAAUGCGAUGAUUAGUGGGUAUGCACAAAAUACGAGACUGGGUGAAGCAUAUAGUUUGUUUGAGAAAAUGCCAGUAAAGGAUGUGCAGUCAUGGAAUACAAUGAUCACUGGUUUUAUUAAGAAUGGUGAAUUAGAAACAGGAUGGGGGUUGUUUAAUCAAAUGCCAGGAAAGAAUGUUAUUUCCUGGACUGCAAUGAUAAGUGGGUGUGUGCAAUAUGGUAAAAGCGAAGAAGCAUUGAAAAUAUUCUAUUACAUGAGCAGGGAUAGAAAGGUGAAGCCUAAUGAAGGGACUUUUGUGAGUGUUUUGGGGGCUUGUAGUGACUUAGCUGGUCUUAGUGAAGGGAUGCAAGUUCACCAAGUAAUUAGCAAGACUGUUUAUCAGGAAAGUGAGUUCGUGAUAUCUGCACUAGUAAAUAUGUAUUCAAAAUGUGGAGAGCUGGUAAUGGCUAGAAAAAUGUUUGAUGAUGGGUUGGGAUGCGAGAGGGAUUUGGUCUGUUGGAAUUCCAUGAUUGCUGCAUAUGCUCACCACGGAUGUGGAAGAGAGGCAAUAAUGCUUUUCGAGGAUAUGCAAAACGUAGGUGUCAAACCAAAUGAUAUUACGUAUGUGGGAUUGCUUUCUGCUUGCAGCCAUGCUGGCCUGGUGCAGGAAGGGUUAAACUACUUUGAAGUGCUUUUGAGGGACAAGUCCAUAAAAGUGAGAGAAGAUCAUUAUACAUGCACUAUUGAUCUCUAUGGUCGAGCAGGAAGGCUCCAGGAGGCAUUUGAUUUGAUAGAACAACUUCCACUUAAAGCAUCAGCAUAUGCUUGGGGAACUCUUCUUUUGGGGUGUAAUAUCCAUGGUAAUGCUGAUAUAGGAAAACUGGUAGCAGACAAACUCUUGGAUUUGGAGCCAGCAAAUGCUGGCAGUUAUGCGCUUCUAUCGAAUAUAUACACUACAAGUGGGAAGUGGAAAGAGGCUGAAAUGUUGAGGUUGAAGAUGAAGGAUGGGCGCUUGAAGAAACAACCUGGUUGCAGUUGGAUUGAAGUAGGGAACAAAUUCCAUGUGUUUAUUGUUGGAGAUAGAUCUCAUAGUGAAAGUGAAGCUAUACAUUCCUUGCUCUUAAAUCUUCAUAAGAAAAUGAAGAAGAUUGGUUUUUCACUAUUUGACAAUAUUGUGAUGGAAGAGAUUUUUUCAGAGGAUAAUUUAUUAAUAUAAGAAUUCUGUCCAUGCAAAAGGAGGGGUUGGUACUGGAAAAUUGGAUGACUAAAUACUGAAAGUUCGGUAUGGACAAACAGUAAGAUUUUAGUGAACCCUUGCUGAGGUGACUCCAAAAGAUGGCAACAAGGUGUACAUUCUGAUUCUUGUCAUUUUGGAGCUUUAAGUAUUGGUGGUAUUUGUGCUGAAAAUGAAUUGUUUGGAAAAAAAUGCAUGGGCUAUUGCUGGACUACAGAACCUUGAAAAUGCAUCUGGCUUGAAUAUUCCAUUUCCUUUUGAUGAUCUUAUCAACUGGUUGCUUGUAUGAGAUGAUCUCUUAAAAAGAGUUAAAAACAGGAAGGAAUAAAGUUGUUGGGCCAUGUAUUUUCUGGACCCAAUUUGGUUCUGGCUGGAAGAUACUCAUACUCUAGCAAUUGCUUAUCUGCAAACAUGGAUGCCAUGAAUUUAUUUUCAGUCAAUCCCAAGAAAACUUCCUGGUGGAGGACCCUUGUCAUUAGGACAUAGAGCAAAUUCUGAUGCUAAUUGGCUGGGCAAGGGACACAUGCAGCAGUAUGGUGUUAAAGGGCUGGUUCAGUCUCUCAGUAUUCUCACUUCUCAAUCCUCGUUGUCUUUCUCCUUCUCCCUCUGCUUUUCUACAGUAAAAAGCAAAGAUUAAUAUUAUUUAUGCCUUCUGCACUGACAAACGAGAUGACUGUAUUUUGCUCCUUGCUAUUAUUGGCUGCCCCUUUUCAAACAGCGCUUUCAAACAAUAUUGGCUAUACUUGUGCCCUUAAAGAAAAACGAAAAUGAGUUUAUUAAAUAUAUACAUUUCUCAGGGAUAAUGUUCUUGCUUUCAGGUUUUCUCCAUAUGAACUGGAACAAAAUGCAUGAUGGUUGCUUACAGAUUGGAGGAAGUGCACAAAUUCGCAUACAUAGGUUGUCUGAGUGUGUGCAUCGGAUCCACACUGCAGAUGUACGAUUUCCAUUGAGGCAACAGGAUACAGAGGGAAGCAGACAACAAAGCAGACUGUUGUUUAUGUUGUAUCAGCAGCGUAUCUAAGAGUUGUUAAUUAGGUGUGGGAUCUGGGUGGCAAUCCACUCCUUUCUUAAUUGCUGUAAGUUCUCCCGAGCCAUUUUAGUUUGUAUUGGGUCCCAAUGGUUGGAGUCUGAAAAAAACCAAGUUCAUAUGAUUUCUCUUGCACUUGUUUGUAAUUUUGAAUUUAAUAAAAUAUCAAAGUCGGACAUUGGAUGACGAGAAAAAGAUAAUAUUAUCGUUAGAAAUGGUAAGAGUAUCUAAACAGACGAAACUCUGUUUUUUAUUUGGACCGUACCCGACUGCACUCCGACCUAAUACAUCGUCUUGGACCAGUAGGCCUCGAUCACACUGACAAUAAGUAAUUAGAUGAGAACACAUAUACCUAUAUUCAUUUUGACGUAUAAGAUUACUUACAAAAGUUGGUAACAUUUUGAUAUACUAAAUGCCUAUGCAUUUAAUAUUUGGAUGCGAAUUCGUAUAUUGGGAAAA